CGUUUUUCUCCUUCCAUUUUCGUUGCAGAGACCUGACGACUGAAGUAUUCUUCUCCACAAGCCAACUCUGUUACCAGAUUUAGGUACACUGUUUAUACCUCAGGGCUUGGGGGAACUGAGUUUUGGUGGAAGAAGGCCCAGUCAAGAUGAAGUACAAUCCAAGAGUGACGAGCUCCAGAAGAAAGUGCCGGAAGGCGCACUUUAAAGCCCCUUCGAGCGUGAUACGCGUUCUAAUGAGUGCCCCCCUUUCUCCUGAGCUUAGGAACAAAUACAAUGUUCGAUCUGUUCCGGUUCGGAAAGAUGAUGAGGUGCAAGUAGUCAGAGGAACUUUUAAAGGAAGAGAGGGCAAGAUUGUUCUGGUCUACAGAAAGAAAUGGGUUAUUCAUAUUGAGCGCAUCACCAGGGAGAAGGUGAAUGGUUCAACUGUGAAUGUUGGAAUUAAUCCAUCAAAGGUGAUGGUAACAAAACUCAAGCUUGACAAAGACAGGAAAUCUCUCUUGGAGAGGAAGGGCAAGGGCAGGGCUGCCGAGAAGGGAAAGGGUAAAUUCACUGCUGAGGAUGUUGCCACUUCACUUCAAGGAGUCGAUUAGGUUCAUUUGAUAGCUCCCUUUAAAUCAAAGUUCUCUCUUCCGCAUUUUUGUCGCAGGACUUUGAUGAGCUGUGAGAAUAUAGUGAGAAACUUUCGUCUCCUUUUUGCCUUUGAAAUAUUGAUGACCAGACACACCCAAGAACUUGGUUAUUGGAAUGUGAAUGUUUCCUUCUUUUAAGUGUUUA